AUGGAAUUUUGGAUGUUCGAGAUCACCCUCAUUUUAGCUCGAAAUCUUGAGGUACGGGAAACACAAAAAACGAAGGUUUACGCAAAGAUUUCAAUUGCAGGCCAUCCCAACACGGAGAAAAGAACCCCAGUGGACAAGAAAGGGGGGGCCAACCCAGCAUGGAACUUCACCACUACAUGCAAGAUAGGGAAGCAGGCAGUUGAACAUGAUGGUGUUAUGCUUCUGAUCGAAUUAUACCGCAGCCGGACCUUUGGAGACCAAUAUAUUGGGGAAGUACGUGUAUCGUUCAAGGAGCUCUUUAAUCGGGAAAGGACACUUUGGGGUCGUCUGACAACACUUUUUAGUUGUCCAAAGGGAGCUGGAGUUGGCAAGACUGUGAAAUACCCGGUGAACAAUGGUGGUUCUCAUUCAUCAGGAGUGCUGAAAUUUUCAUACAGAUUUAGGAAAGAAGUGAUUGUUAAUCAACCAUCCGGCGGGGGAAGUGCUUUGGGGUUGGCAGCGUCGGGAGCCAAGUGGGUGGAGCUGAUUAUAACAGUUGCGACUGGGAUUGAUAUUCCAUUUUCUUGGGAAGGUGUUUAA